AUGGAGUCCAAAUCGGCCCUUGUGAACAGCCUCAUGGCUGCGCUGUCGUUGUCGAAUGUUGUAUAUAUCGUUGCUUUGUGGGUUGGCUACCGCAUCUCAAUCGCGUUGUACAAUAUCUCGUCCUUCCAUCCGCUUUCCCGCUUUCCUGGUCCAAAGAUUGCAGCUUGCUCGUACCUGUAUGAGGCUUACCACGACUGGUGGCUCCAUGGACGUUACGGCAAGGUCAUAGCUCGUAUGCAUGAACAAUAUGGUCCGAUCGUCAGAAUCAACCCCGACGAACUCCACUGCUCAGACCCUGCGUUUACAGACGAGAUCUACGCUGGCCCAGGAAGAGUUCGCGACAAAUGGUACCAUCAAUUGAAUACAGGUGGUGCGGGCCCUGUCUCAGUCACUGGUUUCUCAACUGUCGACCAUGAUCAGCACCGCUUGAAAAGAGGCGCCUUUUCCAAGUUCUUCUCGCGCCAGCAAAUGCUGAAAUUGGAGGGCGAAGUGCAUGAUUUCGCCCAUCUGACUGUAACCAAGAUGAUGAAAUCGGCUGGCAAGGGCGCUUUUGAUGUCAAGGAGGCAUUCAACUGCUUCACUGCGGAUGUCAUAUCGCAAUAUGCGUUUGGUGAACCUAUGGGCUUCAUUGCGCAAGAGGGCUGGGAGCCUAACUUCGCGACUUGGGUCAAGUCUUUCUUCCAGAGUGCAUACAUGAUGAGGCACAACGCCUUGGGUAGGAAAAUGGCGCAGGUCAUACCGUUGUUGGCCGACUACAUGGGUGAGGACAUCAAAGCUGUCAUGAGGCAGAUGAACGUUGUGAUUCCGAAUUAUAUCAAAGCUGCCCUGAGGCAUCCCGAGAACGGCAGGGUUUUUGCUGAGAUAAUGGAGUCAAAAUCGGUACGAGAAGAAGAGAAGAACAUGUACUAUCUCUCUGGCGAGGGCUUCAACUUCCUACUGGCAGGUACUGAGACAACUGCUGCCACCCUCACCGUCUUCACCUACUGGGUCCUCGCUAAGCCUGAAAUUUAUGCCCGUCUCAUGAAAGAUCUCGACGGCGUUGACCCUUCGCAACUGAAGUGGGUCGAACUCGAGAAACGACCCUACUUCUGGGCCAUCUUCCAAGAAUGUCUGCGCAUGAUGCCCGGCGUCUCUCACAGAUCGGCUCGCAUCGCUCGAGACGAAGACCUACACUAUAAAAGUUUGGAGCAUAAAGUCGACUUCAUCAUUCCAAGAGGAACACCUAUUGGAAUGACAUCUAUGAUCAAUCACUGGAACAAAGAUCUGUUCCCAACCCCUGACGAUUUUCUCCCAGAGAGAUGGCUUGUGGAUGGGCAGCCGAACUACCAACUGCAGAAGAAACUCAUUUCGUUUGGCAAAGGGAGUCGUUCGUGCAUUGGGGAGAAUUUGGCAUACUGCGAAUUAUACCUCAUGGCGGCUCUCGUGGCUUUCCGAGUUAUCCCAAGGGCUCGUCUUGUCGAUACCACUGUAGAGGACAUCUCAUACGAUCAUGAUCUCAUUGUCUUGCAAACGAAGAAGGGCUCUAUCUCAGUUCGAAUCGCUAUUGACUAG